UACGAGGAGGUGUAGUAAUGUACGCGGAAGCAGCAGCUGUGUGGGCACAGACCAUGGCAGAGACAGGACAGAAUGCAAACAUGAAAGUGGGAGAGAGAGAGGAUGACAUGCAGCAAAGGGCCAUGAACUGGAAGCGGACCCACAGCCUCUGCGGCAAGGACACCACCCCUGCACAUGGCAUGCCCACUCCAUCCAUGGAGCCAUUGGGGGCCCCAAAAAAUAGAGGAGGAAGAAGAACAGGAAGCAAGCCGGUGGCACCGAUGCAAGUGACAGAUUACAGGUCCUGACGAGUGACCCAUUUAAUGAGGGGUGUCUGCCAUUGCGCAGCAGCCAACUAGGUGAAGGUGGAAAAUCCACCAGGAGGAAGGAUGCUUUAAUAGCCCGGAGUCGUGGUUUGUUUCUUCAGUCCGCUCCACAUAAAAAACCCUACUGGACAUCGCCAUCUCCAGCCCAGCUCCCCCACUGUGGUCUGUCUCAGAUAAAUUGUCGCCCCCCCUCCUUAAUCUCCCAGAUUGUCGGCGACUUGCUGCAGUCGAUGCUGCAGUUUUGAGCCGCUCCUGCACCGGGACAGCUGACUCAAUGAGAAAGACAUGCUCGCAUUCGUUUUGGUCUCUGGGUCGCUCUGGAUUAUAUUAGAGCUCAGUUCCACCCUGAUGGAAAAGAUGCAGGCCAAGGAGAUGACGAGUGGCCUGAGAAUACCAGAGAUGGACGAGCUGGGACAGUUCUUUCGCUCCUUGCCAACCUCCACGCUGGUGGGCAUCGGCGCUCUGACUGCCGUGCUGGCGUACUGGUUCGCCACCAGACCCCGCCCCAUCAAGCCCCCUUGCAGCCUGCUGCACCAAUCUGAGGAGGUUCCGCAUGAGGAUGGAGGUCGCAGGUCCAUGAUGGGCGACAGCUCCAAGCUGCUGACUCAUUACCAUGACGAUGCCAGGACCAUGUAUGAGGUCUUCCAGAGGGGCCUCCACAUAUCUGGUGAUGGACCUUGCUUAGGCUCGCGGCUCCCGAACCAGCCUUACAAAUGGAUAUCCUACAAAGAGGUGACGGCCCGGGCCGAGCAUCUGGGUUCAGGCCUUCUGCACCAGGGCUGCCAGCCCAACCCCGACCAGUUCAUAGGAGUGUUCGCGCAAAAUAGGCCAGAGUGGAUCAUCUCAGAGCUAGCUUGCUACACCUACUCCAUGGUUGUGGUUCCCCUCUAUGAUACACUUGGCCCAGACGCCAUACGGUUCAUCAUUAACACUGCUGACAUCUCCACAGUCAUCUGUGACAAAGUGGAAAAAGCUCAGGUGCUUCUGGAGAACGUGGAGCGAAAGGAGACUCCAGGCCUGCAAAGAAUCAUCCUGAUGGAUGACUUUGACUCCGCCCUUAUGGAGCACGGCAAGCGCUGCGGCGUCCACGUGCAGGCCUUGCAGGAAGUCGAGGCUCUGGGCAGAGAGCACCACAGAAAACCUAUACCACCAGCACCAGACGACCUUUCUAUUGUGUGUUUCACCAGUGGAACCACAGGAAACCCAAAAGGAGUCAUGCUCAGCCAUGGAAACGUGGUGGCAGAUUUCUCAGGCUUCCUUAAAGUAACAGAUAAAGUUAUCUUUCCCAACCAAGAUGAUUGCCUCAUUUCCUUCCUGCCACUGGCACACAUGUUCGAGAGGCUAAUCGAGGUGUACGAGGCAUAUGGCCAGACAGAGUGCACAGCUGGCUGCACCUUCACCACACCUGGAGACUGGACCCCAGGUCAUGUCGGGGCCCCGCUGCCGUGCAACCUCAUCAGACUGGUGGAUGUGCCUGAGAAGAACUACUUUGCCUCUAAGGGAGAGGGAGAGGUUUGUGUGAAGGGACCAAAUGUGUUUAAGGGCUAUCUCAAAGACCCCGAGAGGACGGCCGAGACGCUGGAUGCAGAUGGCUGGCUUCACACGGGAGACAUCGGCAAAUGGUUACCUAAUGGCACACUGAAGAUCAUUGACAGGAAGAAGCACAUCUUCAAGUUGGCUCAGGGCGAGUACAUCUCCCCUGAGAAGAUCGAAAACAUCUACAUCAGGAGUGAGCCUGUGGCCCAGCUCUAUGUUCAUGGAGAUAGCCUGCAGUCCUGUUUGGUGGGCAUUGUGGUUCCUGACCCUGAGGUCAUGCCUGAAUGGGCCAGGAAAAAAGGCAUAAUAGGCACCUAUAAGGACCUCUGUAAAAACACGGAAUUGAAGAAGGCAAUGCUUGAAGAUUUGGUGCGUCUUGGCAAGGCCAGUGGCCUCCACUCUUUUGAACAGGUUAAGAACAUCUACAUCCACAACGAGAUGUUCUCCAUUGUAAACGGCCUCCUGACCCCGACACUAAAGGCCAAGAGGCCGGAGCUGAAGGAGUUUUUCAAGGAGAAGAUUGACCAACUCUAUAGCAGCAUCUCCAUGUGAAGGCCAGCGGACCUCAUUUUCCUUCAAGUAUCUUAGAUCUGCUUUGACCAUUGACCUGCAGUGGGACAAAGAUGUGACACCUUAGGCUUAAAAUGCUUUUGGAAAGCAAGAAGCCAAAUCUGUCCCUCCAAUGGAAGAUUUAAAACACCUUGAAUAAAAACAAAUCAAAGAAAUUAAGUGAAAUACAAUAAA